AUGGGCUACCUGAAUGAGGAGCAAGAGGCCAUCUACCAGGACAUAGUCGCUCGCAUAAAUGCCUUCGACGUACUGGCCUCGCAGUCCCCGCCCGCUCCGCCUGCUGUCCCCACGCGCCCUCCACCCCCGGUGCCCACACGCCCUCUACCACCCACUCCUACGCGCCCCCUACCGCCCAUUCCCGUGCGUGCGCGGGCAGAGAAGGAAAGUUCAGCCGCCUACACUGUCCUGGUGCCUGGAAAGCCCCUCCCCCGCCGCCCCAGCACACCUAACGACCACACGGGCAUCGGCGAUCUCCCCGCAGCUCUUCUGCGCCGGAUCAUUUUCGGUCACCUCAAUGACAUCUCCUCUCGCAGCGCUCUGACCCGCGCCGCCCCCUCCAUCGUCAUCAAGGCCGUGCGUCGCGAGCCCAUGGUUCCCAUCGCGCAGGUGGAUCCGGGCUGGCCGCUGAAGAGGCUGCAGCUGGAGCUUGUGCUCCUCGUCAUGGACUCCGACGAGAUCAUAGAGGAUACCACUUGGUGGUACAUGUGGAGUAUGUUGAGAAGGGCGGGACGUCGUUGA